AGGAGCUAAAGGAGGGGUCCAGUCACAGCGCACGCAGGCGUCUGCACCCAGAGGCUCCGAGUCUCGCUGGCUCCCGCGUCACGCUGCAGUCCUCAGUCUUGUGCGCGCUAGAGGAGACGCACACAGACGCAUUCAGUUGGGUUUUAGGGGCAAGCGAGUCAAUAUUUGACCAGCACAGGAAGGAAGAAAGAGCCAGACGAGGGACUUUGAACUUGGACACUAGAACUUGAAGAAGUGGGGUUUUUUUUUAAUCACAGGUGGAUACAACCGUUCCCCAGCUGCUUGGCGCAAACAAAAGCAAAAGAGGUUUUUAUUCCUAUUUAUUGCUGGACUUUUGGACCUGGACCUGCUGAACACACAGUAAGAGAGGGGAGAUGGGGAGAUGGACGUUACAUCUCUCAGUGGGGCUUGGACUUCUAACAGUCCUGUUAUCCUGCUGUUACGCUGAAGUGAACUACUGCUAUGAGGCCAAAGCCAAGAGCUGCUCAGAAUGCCUGCAGGCUGGAACCGGUUGUGCCUACUGCUCCGAUGAGACCUUUAAUGGCCCUCGAUGUGACCUCGAAAAGAAUAUCAUUGCUCAUGGUUGUAGUCGUGCAGCUAGAAUCAAAGCUCACAGCUCUAUGAUGAUAGAGGAGGAGCGACGAAUCAACACGGCGCUCCAGCAGGCUCAGGUGUCCCCACAGAGGAUGUCCAUGAGCUUCCUGCCUGGAGAGGAGAGGCUGAUGGAUGUGGAGGUGUUUGCUCCAACCAAAGGGCCACUGGAUCUUUACAUUCUAAUGGACUUCUCAAACUCCAUGGCUGACGAUUUGAACAACUUAAAGAGCAUGGGUGAAAAGUUGGCCAAUGUGGUGGGAGACCUUUCAGAUGACUACACAAUUGGCUUUGGAAAGUUUGUGGACAAGGUGACUGAGCCACAGACUGAUAUGAGACCCUCCAAACUUAAAGAGCCGUGGCCCAACAGCGAUCCUCCCUUCGCUUUUGAAAACGUCAUCAAGCUGACCAAGGACUUGGCUUUCUUCACUAGUGAGCUCCAGAAAGAAAGAAUAUCUGGCAACCUGGACCCUCCUGAGGGAGGCUUUGAUGCUAUAUUGCAGGCAGCAGUCUGCAAGGACGCCAUUGGUUGGCGAAACCACAGCACACAUCUUUUGGUGUUCUCCACCGAGUCGGCCUUUCACUACGAGGCCGAUGGUGCCAACGUGCUGGCGGGCAUCCUGCCGCGCAACGAUGAGCUCUGCCACCUGGACGCCAACGGCAGAUACACAGAGGACGUAACUCAGGAUUACCCUUCAGUCCCCACGCUGGUCCGUGUUCUGGGCAAACACAACAUCAUCCCCAUCUUUGCUGUCACCAACCACUCCUUCACGUACUACGAGAAACUCAAAGGUUAUUUCCCCAUUGCUGAAGUUGAUGUGCUGCAGGAGGACUCCCGCAAUAUCCUUGAGGUCAUGCAGAAGGCUUUUGAGAGUAUCCGUUCUAAAAUGAGCAUACGUGCAGAAGACAGACCCAAGGCCUUUGAAGCCCAGUUUCUGACCGCAAGUGAAAAGGUUGCAGAAUAUGGGGUCUUUGACUUCAAGCCAGGAGCAAUAGGCAAGUUCAAGAUGCGCCUCAAAGCCCAGCGGACGAUUGGCAAGGACUCCGUCUGCACGGCUAACAGUGACGACAGAGAGGGGACCAUUAGAGUCAAGCCCACAACCUUUAACGAUGGCGUCAACAUCAAGGCCUCGGUCUUGUGCGCAACCUGUGACUGUGAGAAGAAUCCCAGUUCUAAAGCAGCCAGAUGCAAUGGUAACGGUGACCUGGUGUGUGGGAAGUGUCAAUGCAGUCAUGGCUGGCUGGGUAAGUUCUGUAACUGCUCAGCCAGUGAUUCUGCUUCAGAAUCCAGCCUGUGUAUAGGUCCUGACAUGAAAGAGGCCUGUUCGGGCCGUGGAGACUGUGAAUGUGGAACCUGCGUGUGCCACAAUCCAGAACAGUUUGAAGGGCCCUACUGUCAGCACGACAAGACCCAGUGUCAGAGAUACGCGGGGUUCCUCUGUAACGCCCGUGGCUCAUGUGUUAUGGGUCAGUGUGCGUGUACAGAAGGCUGGACCGGCAGCGCUUGCGAGUGCACCAAGAGCAACGAGACCUGUCUGGACAGGGACAAGAAGGGCGUCUGCAACGGGCGAGGUAAAUGCGUGUGCGGCCGCUGUGAGUGCGUGGACACUGGCUUUGAGAUGAGUUCAACCUGUGAGCCCAAUUUCCAGGCUCAGUUGGGCGCUUGUGAGGGUACAAGGAGCUGUGUCCAGUGUCAAGCCUGGAAGACAGGAGAGAGGAAGCAGAAGGAGGAAUGUGACAAAUGCCCCUUCAAAAUAGUGAUGGUGGAUGAACUCAAAGAACCGGAGAGUGUACUUGAUUCAUGCAGCUUCCGGGAUGAGGAUGAUGACUGCACAUAUAAUUACACUGUUAACCACCCCAGAAAUUCGGCAUCUAAAACCUUGGAUGUUGAGGUGCUCAAGAAAAAAGAUUGUCCCCCUGCUAGUCUCCUGUGGUUGCUCCCUCUGCUCCUCUUCCUUUUGUUACUUCUGGCACUUCUGCUGCUCUGUUGCUGGAAAUACUGUGCGUGCUGCAAGAGCUGUUUACAGGGCUGCCUUGCACUGCUGCCUUGCUGUAGGAGAGGUCGCAUGGUUGGCUUUAAGGAAGAUGAGUACUUGCUUCGCCAGUCGCUGCUCACUUCAGACCACCUGGACACGCCAAUGGUCAGGACCGGCCCCCCCAAAGGGACCGAUGUGGUUCGCUGGAAGGUCACAGACAAUGUACACCGAGGAUUCAACCACCCACAGGCUUUGAUCAAACCCAACCCUAAAGAAACGAUCCAGUUCCCAGUUUCCCUGCGGCUAAACAGAUUGUUCUCUGACAACUUGUCCCGUCCGGAUUCCAAAGAUGCCGAACAGCUUCGCAAGGAGGUGUCUGACAACCUAAAUGAGGUGUACAAGCAAAUUCCAGGGGCCCAGAAGGUGCAAAAGACAGCCUUCAGAAUGCAAAGAAAUGCCGGAAAAAGGCAGGACUACACCAUCAUGGACACUGUCCUGUCGGCUCCUCGCAGCAGUUAUCCUGAUAUUGUGAAACUCACAGAGAAAAAUGUCCAAUCGGGAAAUUUCCAGGACCUCAAAGUCGUGCCUGGCUACUACACAGUGGCCACAGACAGGGAGGCUGCCGGUGCCGUGGAGUUCCAGGAGGGCGUGGAGUCAGUAGAUGUUCACGUUCCGCUCUUUGUCAAGGAUGAAGACGACGACAAGAAGCAGCUGCAGGUGGAGGCCAGGGAUGUGCCGUUCGGAAUUGCUGAGAUUGGAAAACGUUUUGUCAACAUCACCAUCUUAAAAGAGCAUGCCACCAGCGUGUUCUCAUUCCUACAGCCAGCAUACACCUACAGCAGACAGGAGGGGGUGGCCAACAUCCCAAUUACCAGAGAGAUUAUAGAGGAUGGACGCACACAGGUCACCUACCGCACACGGGACCUGACCGCCAAAGACAAGAAGGACUAUGUCACUGUGGAAGGAGACCUCAUGUAUGGCCCUGGUGAGACUCAGAAGAUAGUUCCUGUUCCGCUGCUGGAGCUGGGUGAGAAGGACGGUCUCUUGGAGGAUAAACAAGUCAAGCAGUUCGUGAUGGACCUCAGCAACCCACGGCAAGGGGCGAAGCUUGGACGUUACCCAAGAACCACUGUCACCAUCGCAGACCAGCCAGAGCCCAGCGUGAUCAUGUUCAAAAAGGCCACCCAAAGCUUCACCACCUCUGACCCAAUGUACAACAUUCCUGUGGUCCGGAUGCGUAACCAGGAUAGCCCUGCUACGGUGAACUGGCGCACCAAAAAGGGCCCGCGGUUCGAUCAGUCUGGCUUCCUCAAGUUCGCUCCUGGAGAAAACGAGAAGAACAUACUGAUUGAUCCCAAAGCCUACCCGGGCCCCGUCAAGCCAGACACCUUCCAGCUGGAGCUGUUCGACCCAAGUAGCAAUGCUUCCAUCGGAGAGAAAAAGACCACCAUUGUCAACAUAACAGAUGGCAUUCCCAAAACACAGGAAACUUUUCAGAUGCAGGAGAAAGGCUAUGUAAAUCGGACCGCCACCUCUCCUGGUGGUCGCCUUUUGUCUCCAGCAAACCCCAAGGCCAAAGCAACUGGACCAAAGAGCAUCCACCUCAACUGGGACCCACCACCUGGUAACCCAUCGGGGUACAAGGUGAAGUACUGGAUCUAUGGUGACCCAGAGAAAGACGCCCAGGUCUUGGACGUGAAGACUCCUCAGGCUGAGUUGACUAACCUGUACCCAUACUGUGACUACGAGAUGCGAGUAUGUGCCUACAACUCACUAGGAGACGGCCAAGAUACCGAUAUAAUUACCUGUCAAACUCUGGAGGAUGUGCCUGGAGAACCCGGCCGUCUGGCCUUUAAUGUCAUUAGUCCAACUGUCACUCAGAUCAGCUGGGCAGAGCCUGCAGAAACCAAUGGCAACAUAACGGCUUAUGAGGUCAUCUACACGCCCAUCAAUGAUGAAAUGAAGCAAGUGGGACCUGCUAAGAAAGUGAUGAUUGACAAUCCCAAGAAGCGCAUGUUGCUGAUUGAGAACCUCCAGAGCGCCCAAACCUACCAGUACAAGGUGCGGGCCAAAAACAGUGUGGGCUGGGGUCCAUUCAGAGACGCUACCAUCAACCUGGCCUCACAGCCAACCAGACCUCUGUCCAUUCCCAUCAUUCCAGAUGUUCCUAUUGUGGAUGCAGAGGCAGGGGAUGAGUAUGACAGCUACUUGAUGUACAGCAACGAGGUGUUGAAAUCCCCUGGAGGCUCCAAGACUCCCAGUGUCUCUGGUGAUGAUUACACAGUUAAUGGGAGGUGGGAGCAGAACUUCCUUUUCCCAGGAGGGUCCGUGCAGCGCAACCUGUCAGCGUCGUCCUCUCCUAUGUCCACCUUGAGUUCAAACUACAGAACAGGAGGAGGCGCCUACACCAUGGAAACUUCCACCACCUACAUGUCUGGACCAGGGGGCUCUCGUAGACAGGAUUUGCUUGGCGGCCACUCACAGAGAACUGACGUCAUCAUGAGGAAGCGCUCGGAGAGCAGGGGGUACACGGACGAGAACAUCCGGGACUCCAUCGUCAUGGGUGACGUCACAAGCAACUUCGCAGAUUUGAGUGGGUUCGGCUACACUGGGAUGCAGAGCAGCUCUCAGAGUCACUUCAGCUACAGCCUUACUCAGGGUUCGAGGGCCCGGACCCCGUCUUCAGAUGUGAACGAAGCCUUAUAUAAUCUGGACAGGGUUCUCUAUGAUGCCCGGGUCUCUCCUGGUGUCCCUGACACUCCGAGCAGACUGGUGUUCUCUGCUCUGGGACCGACUGCUCUUAAAGUCAGCUGGCAAGAGCCCCACUGUGAAAAAGACAUCCUGGGCUACUGUGUCCUGUACCAACUGCUCAAUGGAGGUGACGUGAAGCGCAUAAACGUAACAAACCCGGCUGAGAACUCUGUGAUCAUCCAGGACCUGCUGCCAAACCACUCGUACCUAUUCAAGGUGAAGGCACAGAGCGUGGAGGGCUGGGGUCCAGAGAGAGAGGGAGUCAUCACCAUCGAGUCGGCUGUUGACCCCAAGAGUCCCCUCUGCCCCAUGCCAGGCUCUCCCUUCACUCUGAGCACACCCAGUGCCCCGGGGCCCCUGAUCUUCACUGCCCUAAGCCCUGAUUCCUUGCAGCUCAGCUGGGAGAAACCUCGCAAGCCCAAUGGAGACAUCCUGGGCUAUGUAGUGACCUGUGAACAGCUGCACGGUGGAGGCGACAUGCGCACCUUCCAGGUGAACGGAGACAGCGCUGAGACCAGUCUGACCGUCUCAAACCUGACCGAGAACGUGCCCUACAAGUUUAAAGUUCAGGCUCGGACCACACAGGGCUUCGGUCCGGAGAGGGAGGGCAUCAUCACCAUCGAGUCCCAGGAUGGAAGUGCUUUGUCCCAGUACAACAACCAGUCUCUAACCAGAAGGGAGGUUUUCCACAUGCCAUCAGAAGUCACCACACGCACCAACGUCUCGCACACCAUGCUCAACGACCCCUAUUUUUCAGAUGGGAUGAUGAUGACCACACAGCACACUGAGACCAGCGGCAUGAUGACUCGACAAAUCACCAAGGAGGUGGUUCAGAGGAGCGUCAUGGGAGGAACCACUGUCACAAAGAAGUUGUUUUAUGAAUCUUAGGAUGGAGGUUGAACAUUAGGCGGGGUGAUCAUUUAUACACAUCUCAUCUUCAUAACCUACUCACACACGGUAAGUGAAUGGUGAUCUAUAUGUGUGAGAUUCUGACCAACAUUAAUUUCUAAAUACAUUCAGAGACUGUUACGAAUUGUGGCCAUUUUGUUUUGUACAUUUUCAUCAUAUCUACUGUAGCUGCUGAUUUGCUACGAUCUGUUCAGUAAAGAAACACCUUUAUGCUAGAGUCCACUCCCUCUGUUGGUCCAGCUCUGGUAACACACACUGAGGCUUUAAAUCAGGCCGGCACUGGCCAAUUAUCUGCCCAUGGCUGAUUAAUCCAAAGUCACCUCUGUCCGUCUCCUCCCUCCUUCCCCGACUCCAAUUGACUGACAUGAGAGUUAUGUUUAUGGGUGUGUAUUUCAUUAUAAAGUAUUUUCAAAGCACACGUUACCUUUUUUUCAGAUUUCUACUUACAGUGAGUUUUUAUUAGCAGUUUUGCAACAAGCCAGGGGAUUAUUGUGGUAUUUGAUGCUCUCAAAAACUCUUCUACAUACUUUUGCGUUUCAUGAAAUGGUCUGUUGUCAGAAAUGUGGUACACACUGCUUCCAGCUGAUAUGCUUCAUGUGUCGUUUACUCUGCGAGACCACUGUAUUUUGCAUUUUCAGUAGAUUAACAUUUCAGUGAAACCCAGAUGUUUUAAAGAGAUGGUUUAUAAAGACGCAAAGAUUGUAUUGGCUUAAAUACAAGUCCUACUAUAUUUUGUUUUCUUUUUUUUAAUUUGCUAUUGUGUAUUUAGACAUUAUUUAGAACUGCAGACCCAGAUAAGUGCAUCAGGUUCACAACAAUAGACACAGAAUCAUGUAUCAUUUACCUUUAAGCAACUUUUUUUACCCUUUUGCAUUGUUGCAUGUUCUUUGUUCUUUGUAAGUUCUUUUGCACUUAAUAAAGAUUUCAAAUGAAAACAAAA